GGAUGUAUUUUAAAUGACUAAUUGUCAAAUGUUCUCUUCCACCCCACUAAAUGCUUGAUAUCUUUUGUUAUGUCCAUUGUAGGCCAAAGAACAAACUGGUGCUUCUGCCACUGUUAUAUAUGUACCUCCUCCGUUUGCUGCUGCUGCGAUCAAUGAAGCAAUCGAUGCAGAAAUGCCCUUAGUUGUAUGCAUUACUGAAGGUAUUCCCCAACAGGACAUGGUUCGAGUUAAACACAGACUGCUUCGGCAGGAUAAGACUCGACUAGUGGGCCCGAACUGCCCUGGAGUCAUCAAUCCUGGAGAAUGUAAAAUUGGUAUCAUGCCUGGUCACAUUCACAAGAAGGGAAGAAUUGGUAUUGUGUCAAGAUCUGGAACUCUGACGUACGAAGCUGUUCAUCAGACAACGCAAGUUGGAUUGGGGCAGUCUUUCUGCGUUGGGAUUGGAGGCGAUCCUUUCAAUGGAACUAAUUUUAUUGACUGCCUUGAUGUCUUCCUGAAGGAUCCUCAUACUGAGGGGAUCAUAUUGAUUGGGGAAAUUGGAGGAAAUGCUGAAGAGGAUGCAGCAGCAUUCUUGAAAGAAAAUAAUUCUGGUCCAAAUGCCAAGCCAGUGGUGUCCUUCAUAGCUGGUCUGACUGCUCCUCCAGGCAGGCGGAUGGGUCAUGCUGGAGCAAUCAUCGCUGGGGGAAAGGGUGGAGCUAAAGAGAAGAUAGCAGCUCUUCAGAGUGCUGGUGUUGUUGUCAGCAUGUCUCCUGCUCAGCUAGGCAGCACCAUCUACAAGGAGUUUGAGAAAAGGAAAUUGCUGUAGGAGAAGAAACUUUGGAAUACUGUCUCUGAAACAUCAGUGCAGCACCUGGCCUCCGCUUAUCUUUUGUCUGCUAAUCUUCAGUUGCCCGAAUGACUGACACUGGUCUAUGAAUUUGACUUGGAAGCCAUAAACCUCCUGGCUAAACCUGUUUUGAUGUCUCCUUGGUUCAGACAUGAUCGCCUCAUUGUAAAUCACAGCAAAUUAAUAAACCUACUACUAAAUCUGAUUCAUCUUUUGAAUUCGUGAAGCAGAGCUGUUUCUUCAAUCAUCAUACACUAAAUAAUCUUUUGUAACUUAAGCACUGCCCGUUUUUAAGGUAAAGUUGCUUAUAGAGAUGCUUUAAAGGAUCAAGGCACUGACUUUAUGCACAUAUCACACUUCACUUUAUUUUUAACAAAUCCAGUCUUACUUGUUCAUUGCUGGCAAGUAUGUUUGUUUGAACAAUAGGCCAAAGUUUCCGUCCGUUAAACCAAAGCUGCUGGAUCUGAAGGGGUUGCUUGUUGAUCCACGUGGCUGGAUAUGCCUGGAGUCCAGACUUUCUUUUCAAGGGUGAUGAGCCGUGCACGGUGUAGUCCUCUACUGGCAAGGAAUUCUGCUAGUUGUGUGGAGAGAUGGAAUUUUUAUUCACAAAAAUGAAUCUAAUUUCCCAUGCAAAUAUAUAUUCAGAAUUGUCUGUAACUAUGAAAAUGAUUUGGUCUUUAGCUUACCUUUACCUUAAUUUCCUCUUUAUCUUAACUAGGAUUGCAUUGCUUGUGUGUUCGCAAAU